AUGACCACCAUCACCACCGAACGAAGCCCAGUGCUCCUGAGAGCCACGAGCAUGACGGGGGGUAGCCCCCGGUUAUCCUUGAAGCGUGAAAUAUCUCCUCCAUCGCCCUCUGAUCCGCAGCUCCUUCAUAUCCAUGAGCGUUUAAACCAACUUGAUGCAAAAGUAUUCGACCUUCGAUCAUCUGCUCUGACCAAGGAGUCUUAUGUCGACCGCCGUAAUAAGGAAGAUGAGUUCCUGAGACGGGAAUUUGAUCAUCAGCGAGCCAUCACGGCUUCUAUUGAAGCCGUUGUUGGCAAGACCCGAUCCGACGUCUCCCAUCUCAAGACAUUAAAGACCGACCUCUCCUGCCUUGGAGCGGAAAUUUUCCAGCUCAGAACCAGCGUGAACCAUAUCUCAUCCAAGGAUGGGUUUCUACAUUCAGACAUCACGCAGAUUCGAUCUCAUCUCGACCAGCUGCAACAAGAUGUGCAGCGUAUGCACUCCGAUGUGUGCUCCGCCAGGAUCGAUGUUAGUGGUGUUCAAGCUUCUGUCAGCCAGCUUAAGAUCGACCUCAUGACGAUGCAAAGAGACACAAGACAACAGUUCAAGCAUAUGGAUAGCGUCAGGUUCAACUCGCUCGCAAUCACCGCUCACGCCCCCAUUACGCCUGUCCCCGUUAUCGGUGACGAUGGCUCGAUGAAGUUUCCCAGCUACUUCCCUCGAAACGUUUGGAACUUUUGGUGCUUGAAGAAAAUGAAUAGGGCUCAUCGUCUUGUUGAACUCGCUGAGUUCUAUCAACUUGAAGGGUAUCAGUACUGGAGUCGGAUGGCGAAUCCUCAUGAAUCAACCUUCGCAACAGAUGGGUAUAUGAGUGAUGAUAGUGACUCCAGCGAGCUACCAUCUGAUAUCACUCGAUCCGAAGCUGCUCGUCUCUAUCCAGAGGCAUGCCAUCAAGCUCUCGCUGCCACCUUGGGUCUCGUCUACUAUAAGAUCCGCAACGAAAUGGGUGAAGGUCGUCAUUCUCAUCUCAUGCCUGCUCACGCCGCUCCCAAACGCACCCAGGAGGAAAUUGUAUCUCCACAGUCCUCUCCCAGACGCCGAAAGGUGGCUCGUCGUUCGCAAGACAUAGCAUCACCAACCUCAGGAAGUGCUCUCCCUCACAAGAUCAUCACCAGCUACAUGACCGCUCCAGCUGGUGAUGCCAAGUCUAUUGUCUCUGAGGGACUUGACAAACUUGUCUGGAACGUCGAACAAACCCAGAUCUCGGAGGAGACGAUGUCUAAGUUCUCAGACUUCGUCAGGGAUGAGCCUAACGCUCUCUUGCUCCUCCAGGCCCUCGAACGCGGCCGUCUCAAGCUGCAGCCUAGCCACAUGGAAAGAGCCCGUGCCUCGCCCACCGAGUCGUCCUCCAAGCGAAGCUUCCAGUCUGCAAAGCGUGGUAUACGCGAGUCUAGCUUGGGUGAAGCAAAGAGCGAUGAUUUCCACAGCGAGAUGAACACCGUGCCAACGUUGGCCAUGCGUGCACCUUCUCCCUCCCGAUCUGAAGCUGAGCAAGAAGACGAAGAGGAUGCUCCUCCCUCAUCAUCUCCCCCAGAAGCAAAGGAAUAG